CCUCCUUCACAUACGAUGCUGGCGCAGACUUUCUCAAAACAUGACAUUCGCGUGAAGCCUGAUCUCGAUGCUUAUGGAGCUCUUGGUGAUGCUGGAUGGUACUGCAUCAGGGCAAGUCUUUGGGCUGCAGACUAUGACCUGCCCAAAACAGUAACAGCUUUGCGCGAACCGGACUUCAACGAAGCAGGGGUGAUUCUAUCAUGCGGAGCUUCUCUUUGGUGGGAGGACGGGAGAAUAGCAACCUUCUAUUGCUCUUUCCUUACCAAUUUUAGCAUGGACCUAACUGCUCUCGGAACAAAGGGUUAUUUGCGUGUUCAUGACUUUGCUGGUCCUUUUCAAGAGAAUGUUGGGACAUUUUUCAUAGCUUCGAAUUCCAAGUUUGGGGAACGCGCUCUAGGCUGUGAACCGAUACCGGGUGAGCACAUUGUCACGACCGAUCUUCCUCAGGAAGCUCUCAUGGUGACAGAAUUUGCUACUCUGGUUAAUGGUAUUAAGAGUAAUGGCUUGAAGCCGGAGAAGAAGUGGCCAACCCUCAGUAGAAAGACACAAUUGGUUCUUGAUGCAGUCAAGGGAUCGAUCGCCAAUGGUUUCGAGCCCGUUGAGAUUGUGAAUUAAUUAAUUGGAGAUUAUUGUGUGAUCAC